AUGCCCAUCGUCACCGAGCUGACCAAGCGGCUGGGCAUCCGGGUCCCCGUCGUCCAAGGCGGCAUGAUGCACGUCGGCACCGCGGACCUCGCGUCGGCCGUCUCCAACGCCGGCGGGCUCGGCAUCAUCACGGCCCUCAUCUUCCCGUCGCCGGCCGCGCUGCGCGACGAGAUCCGUCGCUGCCGCACCCUCACCGCCGCCCCCUUCGCCGUCAACCUGACCCUCCUGCCCGCCAUGGUGCCCCCCGACUACGGCGCCUACGCCCAGGCCAUCAUCGACGAGGGCGUGCGCGUCGUCGAGACGGCCGGCAACUCGCCCGGCCCCGUCGUCGCCCAGCUCAAGCGCGCGGGCGUCGUCGUCCUGCACAAGUGCACCACCAUCCGCCACGCCCUCAGCGCCGUCAAGCUCGGCGUCGACUUCCUCUCCAUCGACGGCUUCGAGUGCGCCGGACACGUCGGCGAGAGCGACAUCACCAACUUCAUCCUGCUGGGCCGCGCGCGCCAGACCCUGCCCGUGCCCUUCAUCGCCAGCGGCGGCUUCGGCGACGGCCACGGCCUGGCCGCCGCCCUGCUCCUCGGCGCCUGCGGCGUCAACAUGGGCACGCGCUUCAUGGCCACCGUCGAGGCCCCCAUCCACCAGAACAUCAAGGACGCCAUCGUCGCCGGCGACGAGCACGACACCACCCUCCUGCUGCGCCGCUGGCGCAACACCAGCCGCCUCUACCGCAACAAGGUCGCCCUCGACGCCCUCAAGAUCGAGCGCGAGAGCCCCACCGGCGAAUUCGCCGAGGUCGCGCCCUACGUGAGCGGCAAGCGCGGCAAGGAGGUCUUUGUCAACGGCGACCCCGAGUACGGCGUGUGGACGUGCGGGCCCGUCAUGGGCUUGAUCCACGACAUUCCCACCUGUCGCGUCCUGGUGGAGCGCAUCGAGAGGGAGGCGGAGCAGGCCUUUAGAGAUAGACUGGCCCUCAUUGUACCCGAGUCGAAGCUGUAA